AUGCAUGGGUCAAGGGUAGCUUUAGCAAUUACAAUCCCUAAUUUUGAUAUCCCAACCUGUAGCCAAGUGCCGGCAGCAGCCAAGGAAGAGAGCAGGCCAGCAAAGAGUAGAGUAUCCUUCCCCCGGAACACAUCCGCCACCAGAAUCCCCUUCUGCAUCGUGCUGGUGACGUGGGUCCCCAUCAGCAAGGCGCCGGAAAACUCGAGCACCGCCGCCGUCACCACCGCCUGGCGGAGCGUGAGCGCCCCAGAGCCCACCGACGUCCCCAUGGCGUUUGCCACGUCCCCCAAUGUUCCAGGCCAUGUAGAAGCCGAAGAGCAGGGUCGCGUACGAGAGGACCCGAGUCUGGACGGGCAAACCCCGGCCCAGCGAGGACAUGAACAGCGGCAGACAGAGGGCCGCCAUGGCUAUGCACAACGAAAUUCCCGACGCCGUCCUCGAGGAGAUGUGGAGGGCCUGAGCCAUCCCCGGGAGCUCAUCGGCGGCUUUGUUUUCAUCUCGAUGCUGCUGGUGUGUCGAUCGUCCGCUUGUUCGCCCUCGAAAGAGGAUAAGGCGGCGAAAGGGCGCCUCGGGAGGCCGAAUAGAGGAGAUGGAGUUGAAAACGAGUGGUGGGGCCUGAGGAUGAGGAAUUCCCUUCUUUGA